CUCUGGGAUACAGAUGAACUUCUUGGAGUGUUUUCGGCUCAGGGUAUCAUUUAGUUGAAGGUGGUUGGCUGCGUGUGUAAGAUGUGUGGGGGUUACAGCGGAAUGGUGUGGUGCCGUGAUCGAGGAAAUACCUAAGAGGAGAGGCCUGUAGAAACUGAGUUAGGAUUAUGUUCUGGAGGACGACAGCAGCCACCUUUCAUUUGUGGUUUUGGAUGGUGAGUAUAGGCACUGCCAGAGCUUCAGGCCCUGCUGAGGAAGCAUUAUGCUGGGGUGGACGACCCUGGGCUGCUGGAAACUUCAGCUGUGUGGAUCCUGAACCUUAUCUGUUACUUGGCCUUGGAAACAGCAUUCAGAGAAUGAACCUUGAUGGUGCAGACCAGAGAAGAAUCGUGUCUAAGGUGGGAAGGUCCAUCUUGUUGGACUUCCAUUUAAGUGAGGGGACGAUGUUUUGGGCUGACACACAUGCAGGACAAAUCAACAAAGCAGGACUGGAUGGAACACGCAGACAGAAGCUUCUCUCAUCAGUGAAAGGAAUCACAGGUCUGGCUGUGGACUGGAUUGCAAACGCAGUUCUCUGGAGCAUUGCGGAAAAAGGAACCAUACAGAGAAUGGACACAGAUGGGAGAAAUGAAAAGACUGUCCUAAGAGACUUGUCUCAGCCAAGAAGUGUUGUUGUUGAUCCAAAUGAGAGAUAUAUUUUCUGGCUGUCAGAUGGGUUGACUCCCAGUAUCCAGCGUUCAGACAUGGCAGGUGGAAAAAGGGCAACAGUGCUGAAAGUUGCAGACAGACUGAAGGUUCUGGCUAUAGACCACCGGGACAGAAGACUGUUUUGGGUUCAGCAAGGCCAAGGAAGGCACACUGCUAUGGGGUCCUGCAACUAUGAUGGGAACAUUAUUAACGUCUUUAAUCAGCCCUUCAGAUCACAGUCUCUGAGGAUGGCGAUUUUCCUUGAUUAUGUGUACCUAACGGACUCUAAGUCAAAAAGGAUAACACGAGUAAACAAGUACACGGGGGGCCGAGGGGAGAAUGUCAAUUCCAGAAGGAUGCCACAUCCCCCUGCUGAUGUCAAAGCGGUACAUCCCAUCAAUCAGCCGGUUGUGGAAAUUCCAAAUCCAUUCACUCCAGGCUGCAAUCGACAGACAGGCGAGUGUGUGAAAGUGUGUUCCAGUCACAGCGACACUGGUCUGUGCCGCUGCAGGGAUGGCUUUUCCCUCAGUAAACAUGGCAACUACUGUGAAGAUAUCAAUGAAUGUGCCCUGUGGAACCACGGCUGCUCACUGGGAUGUGAAAACAUUCCGGGCUCGUACUUCUGCACCUGCCCUGAGGGUUACCUGUUACUGCCCGAUUUGAAGACCUGCCAAGAGACUACACCAUGUGUGGAGGAUGGUACAGUUUGUGAUCAUGCAUGUGUACACACUGCGGAAGGAGAUGUGUGUGUGUGUCCAGAGGGAUCUGUACUAAAUUCUGAUGGCCGUUCAUGCACAGGCUGUUUGUCUGCAGAUCGAGGGGGCUGCAGUCAGAUGUGUGUGACUUUAUAUCCAGGCAGGUGGGUGUGUGAGUGCCAGCCUGGAUACCAGCUCCAGCCUGAUGGAAAACACUGUGCUGCCACAGGACCUCCAGCGUACCUGUUGUUUGCCAAUAUGGUGGAUAUAAGACAGAUUAACGCAGAUGGCAAAAAGAGCAAAACACUUCUGGAAGAACCAAGAGGCAGUAUCAUAGCUGUAGACUAUGAUCCAGUGCAGGAACAGGUGUAUUUUGCAGAUAAAGGCCUGAAGCGUAUUGAGAGAGCUUCACUGAAUGGAGGUUUCAGAGAGAUGCUGUUCUCCACUGGGCUUGACUCACCCGAGGGUCUGGCAGUGGACUGGGUCCAUCGCAAGCUGUACUGGACUGAUAGAGGAUUCUCCACUAUUUCCCGCAGUGACUUAAAUGGCCUUGGCAGGGAGAUCUUUAUAGAUAAAGACAUCCAGAAACCCAGAGGCAUUGCCCUACAUCCUCAGGCACAGAAGGUAUAUUGGACAGACGUGGGUAGCCGUCCCGUAGUGGAGCGCUCGGGUCUUAACAGAGAUUUGCGUGAAGUUGUGGUCAGCACCAGUCUGGUGUCUCCUACCGGACUAGCUGUGGAUCACAGCUCCCAGCGUCUGUACUGGUGUGACCUGAGCAGAGGUGUGAUUGAGUCGGCCAACCUGGAUGGUUCUGAUCGGCAUAUGCUAAGCGAGAACCAAGUAGGUCGGCCGUUUGAUGUUGCAGUGUUUGAGAAUGUGCUCUGGGUCAGUGAUUGGGAGGGUCACGUCCUCUACCGGCUGGACAUGAGAACUGGACGAAACUCUGAGCAUCUCCAUGACAUCUCUAUUCAACCAGCUGCUCUGGUUGUUGUCCAUCCUCUUGCCAAACCAGGAGCAGAUGUUUGUCUUCAUGAAAAUGGAGGAUGUGCCCAAGUGUGUGAGAGCAGACUGGGAUUGGCUCAUUGCUCAUGUCAUUCAAAGCACGUUCUUUCAGCUGAUGGAAAAUACUGCCUGGCAAUUAAUACAUCAUACACUGAAUCAGAUGAUGGUGAAUCAACUGAUCGUUUGAGAAAUAAAACACUAAAUGAUGAGAGCACACCACUGGCCAUGCUUUACACAGAGAGGAUGGUUUCAGACCAGAAUGACUGCUACUCUCUCAGAUGUGAUGUGAACGCUCAGUGUACGCACAAAGAAGGCCGAGCUGUGUGUCAAUGUUUGAGAGGUUUCACUGGAGAUGGGGAGCUGUGUGUGGACGUUGAUGAAUGCAAAACAGGCCUGGCAGAUUGUAGUAUAUCUGAGGCCGAGUGUGUGAACACAGCAGGUGGAUAUUUCUGCCAAUGCAAAACUGGAUUCAGUGGAGAUGGUCACCAUUGUAUGGAUAUAGAUGAGUGUCGAUUAGUUAUGCAUAGCUGCGAUGAAAACGCUGAGUGUUUGAAUGCAGUAGGAAAAUAUCAGUGCAGAUGUCGACCCGGGUUCACGGGCACAGGAUUCAGCUGUCACGAGGAUUUUAAGGGCGCCUCCUCUUGGCCGAGUACAGGAAGUCCACUUGAUGUCACAUCGCCAUGGCAACACAAUAAUGCCGUGCAGAGCUGCCCGUCUACACACGACUCAUACUGUCUGUAUGAUGGAGUGUGCUUCUAUUUCCCUGAGAUGGAGUCUUACGCCUGCAACUGUGUGUUAGGCUACAUGGGGGAGCGCUGUCAGUUCAGUGAUCUUGAAUGGUGGGAGUUGCAGCAGGCUGAAGAGGAGAAGAGGAGGAAUAUGGCUAUAGCAGUGUGUAUUGUGCUUUUCAUCAGCCUUCUCUCCAUCGCUGCCUGCAUCACCUACUGCUACGGGUCUAAAAGACGUUUUGGGACAUGUCCCUCAGAGGAUGAUGUUGGUGAUAUAAGUAUGAGUGAGGACAGUUUCACUGAGACAACAGCCGCUCCACAGGUUUAUGUGGUUUUGGACCCUUCUCCCUGCAUUGAUGAAAAGGUCCUUCAUGUUGUAGGGUGUCCCAGAACAACAAUAUGCCCCUCAUGCUCUUCAAACACCAGAGACAGUUUUGCUUUAGAAGAGGCUGGAAAGCUACAGAGAGACAACCGUGGUCAGGAUGUUGCCAGCUGUUCUGUAUCCUGCGAUGUGCACACAUUGCUGGUUACAGAGAAGACCACUGAUAAUCUCAUCACCUUAGAAGACCCUCAGGCAUCACCCCAGUGAUUCACCAGACGAUAGUCUGACCCAUGAACUGAUAAUGUAAAUGUUCCUUUUUCAAGUCGUUGGCAUUUGGUGUUACUGUACAGCCAACUGGCAGAGUACAUUCGAAAUGGGGUUGUUUGAACAAGAUUUCACAUUCAAGUUGCACCAGUUUUUUGUCAACAGAUUUCAUACCAAAGUAGGUCACUACCUGGUCACUAUUUGUUAAAGUAAAGAGAUUUGCCAAACCAUUGCACAUCCCUCAAAUGGUUUUAUGCAGUACAUAAGAGCUGUAGAAUGUGUUCAUUUAAUGUAGGUCAUCUAAAGAGUCUUGUUUUUCUGCUUUGUUUCAUGGUUAUUCUCACUUUUGAGCCGUUAGAUGUAGAAUCCACUUGCAUGGUAGCUCUGUAAAUAGUAAAGAUACUUCUUUUUGCUGAGUAGGAUCUAAUAUUGAACUCCGUAUUAUAGUUAAAAGAAAACUGACAUUGUUUUAAUAAUGCAGCAUGGUUGGUUUGAGGUAGUGAAGAGAAAAUCGAGACACACAUCCUGCUUUGUGAGCAGAAAGUAACAUGUACUUGGCCUAUUUUGCUUCAGGUGGUAAAGAAUAACAUUUCAGUGGCAUAUCUGGACCUGCUAACAUCAGCAUUGGUUUCACAAAGAGAUUAUUAUAUAAAACACAUCCAACAAUGAACCGACUGUAAAAACCUCAGGUAUCAAAACAUUAUUAAACAGAUAACAAGAUAACACUUGGUAUCAAAAAGAUACAUAUACAUCUGUAUAAACAGAUACCGAAAUACGAUAUUUCACUGAAUUAAGGUCUCCGAUUAAUGAAUGAAUCAUGUUUUAAUUAUUCAAGAACCGGAAAGUUCAGUAGGUCAGACUCCUCUCUGCCUCUCCUCAGUCAAAUGUCUCACAGAUAUUCUAACAAGUCAUGAGAAAAUAAAAACAGCAAGCUAUAUCCAUAUAUCUGUCUACAUAACAGCCAAUGCAUAUACUGGGAUUAUAAGGUUUUAACCUACUUCUGCUGUUUUGAACCAAAAAUCUAGCACAAGAACGCUGAAGGACAAUGUGAUAAAUUAGACCAGACAGAAUACCAUCUGACCUGAUGCCUUUUGUUCUCACUCCAUUUUUCGUUUCUUUUCAGCUUCUAUUUCCUGUAAUUGAUG